CGCUGCUCACGCAGUGCUCUCGCUUCCACAGUAUGGCCGGCGACAUUAGCUAGCGCUCGCUCUGCUCUCUUUAACGGGGAAACAGCGGACUACAAGAGACUGAACUCUAAUCUGCCUCUUUCCAACAGACUCGUUCAACUUUCGCUCACAAACACACUCACGAAAAAAGCCGGGGAAAUUUUAUUAGUCCUUUUUUUCUAAAAAAAAGUUAAUAUAAAAUUAUAGCAAAAAAAAAAAAGAAAAAGGAAAAAAAAAAGGAACCUGAACUUUUAAGUAACACAGCUGGAACAAUCCGCAGCGGCGGCGGCGGCAGCAGCGGCGGGAGAGAAAAAAAAAAAGAUUUAAUUUAGUUGAUUUUCUGUGGUUGUUGGUUGUUCGCUCGUCUCACGGUGAUGGAAGCUGCACAUUUUUUCGAAGGAACCGAGAAGCUGCUGGAGGUUUGGUUCUCCCGGCAGCAAGCCGACGCAAACCAAGGAUCUGGGGAUCUUCGCACCAUUCCAAGAUCCGAAUGGGACAUACUUUUGAAGGAUGUGCAAUGUUCAAUCAUAAGUGUGACAAAAACUGACAAGCAGGAAGCUUAUGUACUCAGUGAGAGUAGCAUGUUUGUCUCCAAGAGACGUUUCAUUUUGAAGACAUGUGGUACCACCCUCUUGCUGAAAGCACUGGUUCCCCUGUUGAAACUUGCUAGGGACUACAGUGGGUUUGACUCAAUUCAAAGCUUCUUUUAUUCUCGUAAGAAUUUCAUGAAGCCUUCUCACCAAGGGUACCCACACCGGAAUUUCCAGGAAGAAAUAGAGUUUCUUAAUGCAAUUUUCCCAAAUGGAGCAGCAUAUUGUAUGGGACGCAUGAAUUCUGACUGUUGGUACUUAUAUACUUUGGAUUUCCCAGAGAGUCGGGUAAUCAGUCAGCCAGAUCAAACCCUGGAAAUUCUGAUGAGUGAGCUUGACCCAGCAGUUAUGGACCAGUUCUACAUGAAAGAUGGUGUUACUGCAAAGGAUGUCACUCGUGAGAGUGGAAUUUGUGACCUGAUACCAGGUUCUGUCAUUGAUGCCACACUGUUCAAUCCUUGUGGGUAUUCAAUGAAUGGAAUGAAAUCAGAUGGAACUUAUUGGACUAUUCACAUCACUCCAGAACCAGAAUUUUCUUAUGUUAGCUUUGAAACAAACUUAAGUCAGACCUCCUAUGAUGACCUGAUUAGGAAAGUGGUGGAAGUCUUCAAGCCAGGAAAAUUUGUGACCACCCUGUUUGUAAAUCAGAGUUCUAAAUGUCGUGCAGUGCUUUCUUCGCCCCAGAAGAUUGAAGGUUUUAAACGUCUUGAUUGCCAGAGUGCUAUGUUUAAUGAUUACAAUUUUGUUUUUACCAGUUUUGCUAAAAAGCAGCAACAGCAGCAGAGUUGAUUAAGAAAAAUGAAGAAAAAACGCAAAAAGAGAACACACAUCGAAGGUGGUAGCUGCUUUUUAGAUGUUGAUACAAGGGGCCAUGCUUUCCAUAAUCACCACCUCAUAGUUGCAGAAAGCCCUAGAUGUAAAGAUAGUGUAAUCAUUUUGAAUUGUAUGCAUUAUUAUAUCAAGGAGUUAGAUAUCUUGCAUGAAUGCUCUCUUCUGUGUUUAGGUAUCCUAUGCCACUCUUGCUGUGAAAUUGAAGUGCAUGUAGAAAAAAACUUUUACUAUAUAAAACAUUACAACACUUGUGAAAACAAUUCAAUUUGGUUUACGCACAGCGUAAUAUUUCUCCAGGUAUCACCCAAAAUCCCCCACAGACAAGGCUUUCGUCCUCAUUAGGUGUAGGCCUCAGCCUAACUGUCUGGGACUGUUCUACUAAAUUGCUGCCAGGAUUUUUACAUCCCGUUACCUCCACUUUCUAAAACAUAUUCUCUACUAAUAUUAUUGAAAUCAAUUUCUACUUCAUACAGAUGUUUUUGCAACAGCAAUUAAAAAGUUUUCUUCCGUGA